AUGGGUUUGGCUGGGGCAGCUGCAGUCAGGAUCACCUGCUCUGGAGCUAGCAGCAGCUAUGCUUAUGCUGGCUGGUUCCAGCAGAAAGUCCCUGGCACUGCCCCUGUCACUGUGAUCUACAACAAUAACAACAGACCCUCGGGCAUCCCUUCGCGAUUCUCCGGAUCCGGGCAUAUUAACCAUCACUGGGGUCAAGCCGAGGAUGAGGCUAUCUAUUUCUGUGGUGCCUUGGACAACAGCAGCUCUCCAGGACAAGGACCAUGGCACAGCACCAUCAGUGUGAGGUUCCCUGGUCCAGGCAGCAAUGACUCAGCCAUCCUCACUGUCAGCCGAGUGAGAGACACAGUCAGGAUCACCUGCACUGGGGGUAGCAGCAGCAGCGACUAUGCCUGGUUCCAGCAGAAGAUCCCUGGCACUGCCCCUGUCACUGUGAUCUAUGGGAAUAGCAACAGACCCUCGGACAUCCCUUCGCGAUUCUCCGGAUCCAGGUCCGGCACCACGGGCACGUUAACCAUCACUGGGGUCCAAGCCGAGGACGAGGCUGUCUAUUUCUGUGGUAGCUAUGAAGGCAGCAGCAGCAGCAACUAUGGUGUGAGGUUCCCUGGUCCAGGCUGCAGCACUGACUCAGACACCCGAGAUAUCAGCCAGAGAGAGACUGUUAAUAUCAACUGCUCUGAAGGCAACCCCAAAAAGUACUUUGCCUGGUUCCAGCAGAAGGUCCCUGGCACUGGCCCUGUCACUGUGAUUUACCAGGAUACCAACAGACCCUCGGACAUCCCUUCGCGAUUCUCCGGCUCUGCCUCCGGCUCCACGGCCACGUUAACCAUCACUGGGGUCCAAGCCGAGGACGAGGCUGUCUAUUACUGUGGUAGCAGGGACAGCAGCAGUGAUGCUAGUGAAGUGAUAAAGACAAAAGAAUUAAAAACAUAGAUUUUCAGUCCUU